UCGGCAGAGAGGAGGGACAGAAGCGGGGAGGAGGACAGAGGAGGACAGGAGGAGCUGGGAGGAGGGUGCUGGUAGAGGGACAUUCACUCAUUGUUACCAACUCGAGGAGCGCCGGAGACCCCGUUGCUACACGUGAAUUUUCGGCACAACAUUCAGGUCGCAUCAUCUCCAUCUGUGGUUGUCGUUGUUCUUUUCUCCCAAGCGUCAUCGCUGUCCAUCGAGGCAGGAGAGGGAGGAGUGAGAGCCAUUGGGUCACACAGCGCGGCGUCUUAAAGGACCACAGCGUCUCUCAGGUGAUGGAGGUCUUGUGACAUACUGCUGCUGCCGCUGACAGGAAUCCCCACGGCGAUGGAUGUGGCCAGCUUCAGCCAUGGCUGUGUUGAAUUACGCUGCCCGACCCAGGCUGUUUCUCUGUGACCUGAAGAGGAGGAGGACGAGGCUACCAGACAGUCCUGGACACUCCUUAAGCUUUGUGAUUACCCUUUCCUGGUGAACAAGGCAGGCUCACCCUCUCUUCCUGACCAGCUGUACCCUGGUUCUUUCUUCUCUCCUACUGUACGGACGAGCCAUGGAUCUCCUGUGGGUGCUGUCGGUGUCCAUGUUGACGGCGUGUGUUGCCAUCCCCAUGGAUGCAGCGGCGGGGAGCCACAGUCUGUUCACCUGUGAGCCCAUCACCCUGCGCAUGUGCCAGGGGCUGCCCUACAACUCCACGUUCAUGCCGAACAUACUGAACCAUUACGACCAGCAGACUGCCGCCCUCGCCAUGGAGCCCUUCCAUCCCAUGGUGAACCUACAGUGCUCUGCUGAGCUCAGGAUGUUCCUGUGCGCCCUCUACGCCCCGGUGUGUACCGAGUACGGGCGGAUGACUCUGCCCUGUCGCCGCCUGUGUCUGCAGGCCAAAAGCGACUGCUACAAACUAAUGGACAUGUUUGGCGUCAGCUGGCCGCAGGAGAUGGACUGCGACAGGUUCCCAGACUGUGAUGAGGCCUACCCCCGCCCUGUAGACCUCCUGCCCAUUUCGGACACAACCGAAUCCCCCAUCUCUGUCCAGCGGGACUACGGCUUCUGGUGUCCAAGAGAACUCAAAAUCGACCCCGAGCUGGGCUACUCGUUCAUGGGGGUCCGCGACUGCUCCCCCCCCUGUCCCAACAUGUACUUCACACGCGAGGAGCUGGCAUUUGCCCGCUACUUCAUCGGGGUGGUGUCCAUCGUCUGUCUGUCCGCCACCCUCUUCACCUUCCUGACUUUCCUCAUUGAUGUAUCGCGCUUCCGCUACCCAGAGCGUCCAAUUAUAUUCUAUGCCGUGUGCUACAUGAUGGUGUCCCUCGUGUUCUUCCUGGGCUUUCUGUUGGAAGACAAAGUCUCCUGUAAUGCAGCGAGCCCUGGGAGAUUUAGGGCUUCAACGGUGACGCAAGGCUCUCAUAAUAAGGCCUGCACCCUGCUCUUCAUGGUGCUGUACUUCUUCACCAUGGCCGGCAGUGUCUGGUGGGUGAUUCUGACCAUCACCUGGUUCCUGGCUGCUGUUCCCAAGUGGGGCAGUGAGGCAAUAGAGAAGAAGGCCCUGCUCUUCCACGCCUUUGCCUGGGGCAUCCCCGGUGUCCUGACAGUUAGCCUGCUCGCCAUGAACAAGAUCGAGGGAGACAGCGUCAGCGGUGUUUGCUUCGUGGGGAUGUACAACUUGACGGCCCUGCGUUGGUUCCUACUGGCCCCACUGGGAUUGGACGUAGUGGUUGGUGUGGCCCUGCUGCUGGCAGGCAUAGCAGCGCUAAACCGAGUCCGCAUGGAGAUUCCACUGGAGAAGGAGAACCAAGAGAAACUGGUGAAGUUCAUGAUUCGUAUUGCUGUGUUCUCCGUGCUCUACCUGGUCCCCCUGCUCUCCGUUCUGGGCUGCUACCUUUAUGAGAGCAGCUACCGAGCCAUCUGGGAGACGACCUGGGUCCAGGAGAAGUGCAGAGACUACCACAUCCCCUGCCCCUUCCAGGUGGAGCGCACCAGUCGUCCCGACCUGGUCCUGUUCCUCAUCAAGUACCUGAUGAUGCUGAUCGUAGGAAUCCCCUCUGUGUUCUGGGUGGGCAGUAAGAAGACCUGCUUCGAGUGGGCCAGCUUCUUCCACGGCAAGAGGCGCAAAGAUGCCAUGGUCAAUGAGAGCCGUCAGGUGCUCCAGGAGCCCGACUUCGCACAGCUGCUGCUCAGGGACCCCAACACGCCCAUCGUGAGGAAGUCACGGGGCACGUCCACUCAGGGGACCUCCACCCAUGCCUCAUCCACCCACCUGGCCAUGUUGGAUGAACCGCCCAGCGCCAGCACCAGCAGGGCCGGCUCAGUGCGCAGCCAGCGCUCCAAGAUGAGCAGCUACCACGGCAGCCUGCACCGCUCUCGAGACGGCAGAUACACGGCGUCCAGUUUCCGUGCUGCAGACGACCGGCUGCCCUACGGAAGCAUGCCUCGCCUCAACGACCAGUCCCAGUCCAGACACUGCAGCACCAAUCGCCUGGAGAGCCUAUCACGCCACGGCUCCACCCAGCGACUGGAGAGCCAAUCACGACACAGCAGCGUCAGGGACCUCAGCAGUGCCACCCAAGCUGUUCUUUGUGUCCCUGGAAACGGGAUCCACAGGGUCCUGGAGGAGGACGGAGCUACAGCCUGAACUGGAAACAGCUGUGAUCCCCUUUUUCCUGGAUACUCCUGAAGAAGUGACAGGAUGAGUAGAAGUGAAAGUAGGAAUGAUGACUUUUCUUUUUCUACGAAAUUAAAGAAUGUGCGAGGACCACGGUGAGCUCGACAAAGUGCAGGGUAGCAGCCACGGCGGCGCCCGCUCCUGUCGAGCUCAAAGCCGAAGCACAUUAUGGUGCUCCAGUUUACUGAAGAAGUUAGUAUAGGACGACAUCCGGCCAAAUUUAAACUGAGUGUGGAUCGUUGCCUUAACACGUCCUCUCAGCUUUACUCGACCCCACUAGCUGAUCCCAAAAACUCAAGUUCAAAUAGAUUUUAGUCCAGUUCACACAACAGCCUGUGGAUAGCCGACACUGGGAAAUGAUGGCCUCACUGUUGGACCUACAAUACUGUGCCAGUCAAGAACGACGUGUGACCCAACACUGACAGACUUCAGUGGUUGUUUGUUUUUUGUUUUUAAUUGUGUAGAAGACACUGAACAAGAUCUGAAUGAUGGACCAUAGACGUUAUUAGCCUUCAGCAGUCAGUCAUUUCAGCUGUGUUGCACCUCUGACAUCUCCCAUUAUUUUUCAGAUGGUAACUUAACCUGCUAAAAGCCCUGCUUCUAAAGGACGAUUAUUCACACACAAACCCCGUAUGAAAGGUAACAAACCAGCUGCAGCAGAAUUUAGGGAACGAACAGUCUCUGAACAUGUUUUUUUAUAUACUGAGGUACUUCAUCACUUUGAUGGAAUAAUGUAUAUAAUGAUGAGAAAAAAAAAAGCCUGGGUCUGUGCUUUGUCGGGAUGUAAAGGGCUGAAAUAUACAGGGGGAAGAAAGCUGAAUCCAAAUGCUUGCCUUAUGACUGUGUGUUCAGACAGAAUGCUAAGAAACAUUUACAGGAGAUGUGACUGCUUCCGGACAUGAGGGUAAGACAUAAGAAGUGAGUCUGCUUCAUAAGUGUAGAGAUGAUGAAGAUGAUGGGAGGAAGAACUGGAGUUUUUGGUGACUCAGAGGCUGAAGUUAACACACACACACACACAGCUAGUGUGUGUAUUGCUGCUAGCAAGCUUACAGCUAAUGUACAGUUGGUAAAUUGGCUGUUUGGAGGAAAUAAAUACAAAAGUUCCUGCAGUGGAACUUGCACGAAUAACCCGAGGUGACAAUUAGCUUCUGUCUGAACACAUCUUUCCAGUUUGAAUAGGUGAUAUAAUGCGCCCUUAAAUUAGAGUCAGAUUCCAAGUAGUUUGCCCCUUUUUAAAAAUGUGUCCUUACUUGUAUAGCUACUGUAAAAUGUUAGACCAGCGUUUCCUCUCGCAGCAAAACCUGUGCAUAGAUGUAAAAACUGAACUUUUGUUGAUCAUUUGUAAUAAAGUUUUUUUUUUAAGAACA